GGGCGGUGUAGAGGCGAGAGGAUAUUUGUGAAGUAGCGCAUCGAUCCCGCCCUCCCUAAGCGACGCACAGCCGGCAUAGCACAUGCGCACAGAGGCGUUGCCUGGGGAAUCGUCUGACGAACUGACCCUUGACCCACGCAUAAAAGGCCUUUAUCUACACGAGGAGCUACUCAGCUGGGUGCGCUAAGCAAAUAUGGUCAUUUGUGGUUUGAUUGCAACAUGGCCAGGGUUGAAAAAAGAAGUCUGGCUUCUCUCAAGGAAAUGGCUGGAUGAGAUCCCCUGAUCAAUUAGCUACGGACUGCCAGAUGAGCUACACUGGGGAAAUGGCCUCCUGUCGUUUGUCACCUUUCUUAUAGUAAAUAAACCGAAGGCGUGGUGGAAGAAAGACCUCCAGAAGUAGCUGCAUUGAAAGGCUGGGUUUAAAAAUUCCUACUCUGUAUGCUGGGAGCUCGACCCUGCAGGUCAGUGCCCGUCAGAAGAGCAAGACUGACCUGUACUUAUUAACUGGUAAACAGAUGCAUGCGUGGAACUUUUCUGAAAUGUGUAGGAAGCCAAAUAUGGACAAAAGAGUCCACAAUUAUGGAUUAUACCUUCAUUGCAGUGCACAACGCUUGUCAAGAAGCAUUUUUUUAUGUGUCAAAGGCCUUUUUAUUUUGGGAAUUGUGCUCUUGUCAAACUUUCCUCUAGUCUAGGCUGUCAGGAGCAUGGUGUGACAGCAGACCCUGCCCUCUCGGUGCACCCUGGAGCUGUGCUCAUGACAAUGACCUCCUUCAGUCAGCAGAGGGAGCUCUGUGCUAUAUGUGGUACUGCACUGCAAUUCACUGCUGCCUUCACAGUGCCUCACUGACUCAGGCAGAGAAGGGAGUUUGGUCAGGAAGAGCUGGCAGUGGGAUGGCUUGGGAAGACGGGGAGGGAAAAGGAGUGGCAGAGAAGUUUGGAAAAGGGCGGAGAGAUGUGCGACUCCCCUCCCGACACACACACUUCAUCAGUGUAACCCCUCCUGUAUCAGCUUACACUUUCCAAAGACACACAGCCGAGGCUGCAAGACAAAAUCAGGAUGUGACAUCACUGCCAGCACAAAAAAAAAAGAAGCCCCAAACACUUUUUUUUUCCCUAUUUUUUUUUCUCUCUGUGAACUGGAGCUGGUGACUCCAAAACUCCCGAUUGCUGAUCUGGAGGGAGUGUCCACAGCAGAAAUAAACUGGUACCAAAUUUAAUUCCUCUCAGGAAAGGAGGUUUAAAAAGAGACGGACAGUGGUCUCCGGCCACUCCACACAGCAAACGGCUUCAGACAUUCCAAUCCGAUCUGUCCAUGCUGGGAAACUGGCCAGGUGUGUCAGUGAGUUAACUGAGACAGGUGUUAAACUGAAACCCUUGUCUCUUGUGCUGAGGACUGGGCGCAAAGUGAUGGAUGAGUUUGUUUUUCUUCUCCUGCACUGACACAUUGCUAAGGACCAUGAUAGCGAAGGAUUGCGGGUGAUUCUCACUGACGUCACUGUCCCUCACUGUUCCUCACAGCGGGACCCCUCCCUCCUUCCACCCGCUGCUUCAGAGGACAGAGAGCUCUGCUUCUUGAGGAGGAGCUGGACCGUUCAGUCGGGACGUCCCAUCCGGAAUCCAGGACCCCCAGAGGUUUCCCAGAUAAAUACCCAGGAAUCUUCCCAUUGCCCCUCCCCCUGGCGUUAAACAGAAUGGCCCUGUGUCUGGGACAGGUCUUCAGCAAGGAUAAGACCUUCAGGCCUCGGAAGCGCUUCGAACCCGGGACCCAGCGCUUCGAGCUGUACAAGAAAGCGCAGGCGUCGCUCAAGUCGGGGCUGGACCUGAGGAAGGUGGUGCAGCUGCCCGAGGGGGAGAGCAUCAACGACUGGAUCGCCGUGCACGUGGUGGACUUCUUCAACCGCAUCAACCUCAUCUACGGCACGGUCAGCGAGUUCUGCACCGAGCGCUCCUGCCCCGUCAUGUCCGGCGGCCAGCGCUACGAGUACCGCUGGCAGGACGGCCACCUCUACAAGAAGCCCACCAAGCUGCCCGCCCUGCAGUACAUGAACCUGCUGAUGGACUGGAUCGAGACGCUCAUCAACAACGAGAACAUCUUCCCCACCCGGAUAGGGGUCCCCUUCCCCAAGAACUUCCAGCAGGUCUGUAAGAAGAUCCUGAGCCGGCUCUUCCGGGUCUUCGUGCACGUCUACAUCCACCACUUCGACCGCAUCUGCAGCAUGGGGGCGGAGGCCCACAUCAACACCUGCUACAAGCACUACUACUACUUCAUCACCGAGUUCAGCCUCAUCGAGCACUCCGAGCUGGAGCCCUUGAAAGAAAUGACUGAAAAGAUCUGCACCUAAACCAAAAACAUUUCUAGGAAAACGUAUUAGCUUUACAUGUGACGUGAGACCAACAGUUUUUUUCCAGUGCAAAACUGUGUAGGGCAGUGUAGUUUGACACUGAGAUGUGGACACUCACAGACAUCAUCACUGGGCCACCUUAUACAUGGAACCUAAAUCAGGAGUUUUCAUUCAGGAGAUCAGAGACUCCAGAGGUCUUCAGAGUCCAUUCCCAGGACAGUGGGUCCCAGGAUACAAAGAGGAACCUUUCUCCUGUGUCAAAGGUGGAGGAAUGUCAAAUCUGCUCUGGCAGAGUUCAAGGUGAAUUUGUUGAACCACAAUUCCAUAGUAGAACCACAGCAGAAUUAUUCUUAAAUUCUUACAAAACUGGGGGUCCUGACAGAGAUUUUGUGCUGUCUACCUUGGAUCUGCAGAAAAACAAAAAACGUACAUUUCUUUUCUUCUUUCUUAGUGACGGGGUUCAAUUGACUGGUCAGGUUAUCAAAUUAAACCUAAACCAGAAACUAAAGUAAAAUAAGUAUAUCUAAGUGUAGGUACUGUGCAGGACUUGUUUGAAAAAUAAUACAUUACUGAAGAGGUACAAUCUGCACCCCGGUUUUGCAUUUGAAUAUCAUUUCAUUCCUCUCAGUGACAAAGAGAGCUUCAACAAUUAACAGCAAUAAAAGCUUUUUGUAAAUAGUGUUCUGAUUUUUAUAUGACUUUUUACCUGUAUUUUCAGAUGAUGCAUUUUACAUGAUGAUCUUUUCAGUAAAACUGAUUUAUUGUACAGAC